AAAGAUGGUGCCUCAAGAUGUUAUUGUUGAAAGGUGGUUGUAUUACUGCCUUGGGGGCUUUGAGAUCCCCGACUUUUUACUAAAACUUGGAUUAGGUUGCACUCUUUGGACAACAUAAGAGCAAGAGGGGAAGCUUCCUAAGAGAUUCCCAUUUCCCACAAGUGCUGCACGUAGCAAAUGGAUGCAGUGCCACUGGGGCUAUAUACAGCAGGAACACUCUACACUUCUCAUUACACUCUUUGACAGUCAAGGAAGGAAUGAGUUACCACCAUAUUUCUCACGAGGUUCACCCCCCUCGAGGCAAUUCAGGGUAUCCACCUCCAUAUCCUCCACAGCCAGGCUAUCCACCACCACCGCCACCACCACCAAGCUAUCCUCAUCCAACACCACCAGCAGGAUAUCAAGGGUAUUUCUAUGAAGGGUACCCUCCACCACCUCCACCUCCACCCCCUUCCCACCCAUAUCAUCAUCAGUACGAGGAUGACUGUGGCUGUUCAUUUCUGAAAGGCUGUUUAGCUACACUUUGUUGCUGCUGUGUGUUGGAGGAGUGCUGCUGCUUCUGACCGCUUAGCAAGGAGGGGGCGACAAGGGACCUCUGCUCUUGAUAUGUCUUGUCUAAUUCCUUGCAAAUUUCGUAUAGUGGAAUUGGAGCACUUUCAUGUCUUACAUUUAGUUUGAGAAACAAAUAAUGGCUUCGAUUCAUAAACCUUUUUCUUUCUGUGUAUAUGUUGCCAAAUGAAUAUGGGAUUUGCUACUCGGUUCAUAA